AUGUCGUAUCAAGAAACAACCCCAGCACCAUGCAAAAGCAAACCAGAGUCUUCGAACUCAUCAUCUUCCCUUCAGAUAGCAAUAAUCGGCGGGGGUAGAAUUGGAAGCGCAUUCGCCUUAUAUUUAAUUCAAAUAGGCCAUCAUGAUGUGACGAUUGUUGCUCGGCCAUUUUCCAAGAGGCUGAAGGAGUUGGAGCGCGAUGGCGGAAUCAUCACGAGCGAUGGCAGGUAUGCUCCAGCGACAAUCACCUCAAGCUUCGAUGAGAACAUACCUUACGAUCUUGUGCUAGUAACGGUCCUGGGGCAUCAGGUUGGGGGCAUUCUUCCCUCUCUUCACCGAAGCGCUGCGAAAUCCAUCCACUUUCUAUUCAAUACCUUUAACCCCGAAUAUCUUCAGGAGUCAGUCGGUGGGGGGCGUGGAGUCCUCGGCAUGCCAUUUAUCCAAUCGAAUAUAGAUCCUAACGGUCGUGUCAACGCAGCUGUCGGGCAAGGCGGCCAGAAGACUCUAACGAGCGAUCCAAAGUGGGCCAAGGUCUUUCAAAGUGCCGGUUUACCAGCGCAGUAUGAAGGUGAGAUGGCGCUUUGGCUACGGUGCCAUGUGCCGCUCUGCGUAGCAUUUGAAAGUGUUUGUGUCACCGGAGAACGUAGAGGCGGUGGAGCGCCAUGGCGCAGUGCCUAUGCAGUGGCACUUGGAUUGCGUGCUAGUUUUUCAUUAAUUGCCAGUCAAGGUCAUGAAAUAUAUCCUCGGAGCAAGGCAUUUUUGCGGUGGCUUCCUGUUACCGUUGUUGCCUCUAUGCUUUGGAUACUAUCGCGUAUCAAUUCCUUUCGCAUUCUCCUGGCCACAGGAGAAAAUGAAUGCUGUGCUCUUGUAGAUACAAUGGUGGCAUCGGCGGCUAAAAAAGAAGGCUCUGCUGAUUACAAAGCCAUUCUUGCUAUGAAACCGUAA